AUGAUCCUGGUAGCUUUGCUGGUGCCUCUACUGGUUCUGUCCAGCGCUGGACAUACCUCAGGUACGAUUGUCACCAGCUGCGAGGCGUGUCACGAACAAGCCGUCUGCCGCACCUCGCCCAUGGCAGGUGACAUCACAUGCACCUGUAAGAAGAGCUUCUCCGGCGACGGCCUCAUCUGUUUACCUGGCCACACCGCCGACGACCACCACCACGCCCCUCGCCGUGUCCGCCGCUCCUAUCCCACCUCCAACACCAACCUCGCCCAUGUCCGGUUCACCUGCGGCUUCAACGAGUGCGCCGACGGGGAGGACUGCAUCACGGUCGACGGCAUCCAGCAGUGCGCCAACCCUUGCAAGAUCUACACGGUCCUGAACGACGCCUGGCGUUCCACCAACAACGUCGUGGGCAACAAGCACUGCGACCGCAACGUCCACUGGGACGGCUAUUACCGCAUGUACAUCGGCAACCAGAGCGUGUCCAUGCCGGACAAGUGCGUGGAUUCGUUCAAGUGCGGCACCCAGGCUCCCUUGUGGCUGGCGUUUCCUCCCCCCCAGCAGGUGGAUGAAAUUGUCCAGAGUGCAGUCUGCGCCAGCUUCAAUGAGGACUGCUGCUGGGUGCAGUCUCAGCCCAUCCACGUCAAGGCAUGCCCUGGGAACUACUUUGUGUACAAGUUGGUCAUGCCUCCCGGGUGCUACUUCGCCUAUUGUGCAUAUGAGCCUGUUUUGCUGCACCCAGCGGUAGUGUGUGGGCGGAGCCUGGUACAGGUGGGUCUCAACAGGACUAACCUGGAGGCCGCUGGUCUGGAUGCCACCACCGCUAACCUGGCCGACCCCCGGUGUAACGCUCACGAAGAGCGUGGCGGCAUGGUAUGGUACCAGGUGGAGCGCACGGAGGGCACCUGCGGAAACACUCUGGAGACAAACGGAACUGACGCCAUCUUUUCCAACAGUUUAUUCAUCUACCACAUUCACAACGUGUCCUUCAGCCGACCCGUGAGCGUGCCCUUCUCCUGUGCCUACCCUCUGGAAUCAGAGACCAGCCUGGAUGUGGCCAUCAAACCCUACCUGUCGCUGAAGGAUGUCCAAGUCGGUAAGGGCUCCAAAGUGGGAUCCAACAUGACUCUGUACCACAGCGACAACUUCACAAAGGCUUACCCAGCGGGCCGAGUCACCUUGCCGGUGGGUUCCGUGCUGCACGUGGGUGUGUCCGUAGAGGAGUCCGAGACAGAGCGUUUCGUGGUCGUUCUGGAGGACUGCUAUGCCACACAAUCCCCCGACCCUGAGGACAUCAUGCGAUACUACAUCAUUCAGAACAAAUGUCCGACUGAAUUCCGUCAGGUGAGGGUGGAGGAGAGCAGCUCGUCUCUCAGGGCUCGCUUCUCUGCUCUGCUGUUCCUGUACCAGGGGGACUACCGGGAUGUCUUCCUACACUGCAGACUCAGCCUUUGUGACCAGAGGAGCUCCUCCUGCACUCCGGUGUGCACCAAAAGGAAAUACCGCUCUGUCACCCCCUCUGUCCCCCUCGAACCCCUCACCAUCGGACCAAUCACCUGGUCCCAAAAUGAAGAUUGA